UGCAUUGAGAAGAAUGUUCAAGUCUGGUAUUGAAACCAAGUAUACAUAUUGCGAAAAAUGUAUAUUUAACGUAUACUUUGGAGUCUUGCAACUCGCUAAUUUGUUUAUCGCAACGAGGCUUCCGAACGACAAGCCGCAAAUACAAGCGAAUUCCUGCGGCGUUUCGUUCGUUUCGCACGAAGAAAAGCAACGCGUCGAAUCCGGUACGGCGACUUUUCUCACCUUUACGAUCCGCACGAAAUUGUCAGGCCGAGGGCGGCGACGACGACCGCAUGGUGGGCGAGGAAACACGCUCGCGGGGAUCCAGAGAUUGACCGGCGAUCCGGGAUCGACGUAUCCCGUCUUGGCGAGCGGAUCCGCCUUGUCCUUCGACGAUUCCUCAGGUUCCUGGUUCGAAGACAUCCCGCGCGGCUCGCGCCGUGUAUAUAAGUCAAAACCAGAUCGGGAGCAAGGUGCACAGCCCGGACAGUCCUUCAGCUGGUAAGGAGGUCGGCAGAAACACAUCGAGCACGAUGCAGGCACUGAUUCCAGUUUUCGCGAUCCUCAGCGUGGCGGCGGCCGCGCAGUUGACCCUGCUGCCCUACGCCUAUCUGGCGGAUCCACUUCCGGUGUACCAGCAGUCGCAGGACACGCGAAACGGGGUGCACGCGUACAGUUACGCCGGCGGUCCGUCCGCCAAGGAGGAAGUGCGGGGUCUCGACGGGGUCACGCGCGGCUCCUACAGCUACGUGGACGCUCACGGAAUCCUACAAUCCGUCUUCUACGUCGCGGACGAGGGCGGCUUCCGCGUCGCCGCGACGAAUCUGCCGACCGACGGCGACCUGCCGCAGGAGACCGGCGAGAUCCUGUUAGCUAAGAACGCCCACUUGGAGGAGCACGCGAGGGCCGCGCAGCAGGCGAAGGAGGAGCGCACCAGCCGCAGGAGGCGCAGCGUCGAGACAGCAACGCCGGCGACCGAUCGAGAUAAUCUCCCAGCAGAAAAGCCGCAUUCCCAGAAAGAUCCAGCCGAUCAGCCGGUGAAGGCCUCGCCGAAGAGUUCCCAUGAACUACCAGCGCCAGAGAAGAAAACCGAAACCAUCGUCGCGCCCGUUUACGGGCUCCCGGUGCUGAUCCCGCAACUGAGCGGCGCCGCGACAUCUCAUCAGAGUCGCGUCGACGUUCACAGCGGCAUCCAUCUGAAGGCUAUUCAACCCGUCCAAACGAUUGGAGUACUCGCCGAGCCCGCGUACAGGACGGUGAUCCUUCCUGGUCAAGUGCCGUUGGCGACCUCGCAUCAGAGUCGAUUCCAGGUGCACGAUGCUCUCCGCGCUGAGAUCCUACCAGAGAAACCCAUCGAGAAGCCGGAAACGGCACAGCCAGCCCAGGCAACGCCGUCACAGCCGAUCCCCGCUGUCAAGUAUCAGUUGGAGACGUUGCCGUUGGUAUCCGCUUUCGCGGACUAUAACGAGAAUCGCAUCCAGCUUCACAAGGACCUCGGAUUGGAGGGCCCGAAUCGCAAGGACGCCGUCAAGAUCGACGCUGCGCCGUUGGCGGUCGUCGAGACGCCGGUCGCCGCGGUUCCGAUCGUCACCAAGGAGGCUCUGCCGCUCGUCACCGCGGUCUCCAGCCAGAGCAGGACCCAGAUUCACCGCAACGCCAAGAUAACCCUUCCUCUCGUGAACGAGCCCACCGUGUACUUGGCGGCUUCCUACGUAAGACCGAUCGCCAAUUGGCCGAUUCUGGCGGCGCCCAUCGCUCAAUCGUCCCAGUAUCGUAGCCAGGUACACUCGAGCGAGAAGAUCGAGGUCACCAAAUAAGGAUGCCGUCUCGUCGACCUCGAUUCCUUGAACCCUGAGAUCUGUUCUUUGCAGCUGAACUAGUGCACACUUUCAGAACUUACAAAGAAAUAGGUAUAUAGCUGUGACUUGAUGCAGAAAAGAGAGCGAGACAAUUAGUGCAGACUAGUGCAGCUAAUUCAGCUACAAAGAACAGGCAGACAUUGUUUGACUCGCGCCAACUCCUGAAUUGCUUCAGUUCGAUACACCUCCUGGGAGUAAUGUGUGAAUGCAAUUGUAAUUUGUAGACUUCACUUGUCUCAAAGAAACGGAAAUUAAUGUCGAACAACCGUCAAACUAUGAACGCAAGAUACUCGAUGUCGACUCAAUCUUUACAAAGUCUCACUCAAAGUCGUCAUCGUCGAGGAUACGCUCCCCCCCAAAUGCGCUCGCAGGAACUCCCUGUAACUUCAAAGGAUCGGGACAAAACGGCUUCGCGUGAAUCAGUCACUUGCGUCGUGCUCAAAGAACUAGGAUAAAGCACUUUUAAGCGUUCCAGCGGGAGUUCCACGAGUUCGACGGCGGAGUCGCUCGUGGUAGCUCGCUCUAUACAUUACGGAUAUCAUUAUUACUCGUCCCCGCCUGUUUACUCAGCAAGCAACUCUUUGUAACUCGUUUCUGCCACGAAUGUCUUAACAUUCCUGUGUUAAAUUAUUGUACGAUUUAUUAAAGAGAGAGAACAAGAAAAUGCA